AUGGAUCAAAGUGAACUUAAAUGUUAGCAUUUAGGCCAUGAAAAUGGGUAAAUACUCGGUGUCUGUACUGUUCGGAAUUGUUAAGGGAAAAGGCCGUUUUGCCUUGGUUGUAAAUAUGAAUUUCACAAUGAACAUAAAGAUUCAUUAAAGAAAUUUGAAGAAUUAGUGAAUUGGAUAAAUGAAAAUUCAAUUGCUCAAAAUAAACUGUAGGAAGUCCUGAAUAAAUUAAAGGAGUUAAUACAAUGCAUAGAAAAAUAAAUAAAAAGUACAUAAGAAGAUGUUGAUAAAAAAUUUACCCAAAUGAACUACACUACCUUAGAUAAUUCUAUCAAUAAUUUUAUAAAAAUUUGGGAAGUUUAGAAGGAGGUUUAAGAAAUAUUAGAAAGAAAGUCUGUGUCAUUCAUCAUUUAAUAAGUAAUAGUAGAAAUAAAACUUAAAUACAACCAUUCAUAAAGUCCAAGUUAGAACUUAGUUCCUAAUCAUACACAACUUCCUUUCAAAGAGGAGGGCUCUGUUUAAAAGGAAGAAAAUAGUUAAAAAUUACGUUGUCAAACACCAUAUGCUUGCAAUUAGAUUAAUAAUUUAACAGGGUAAAAUAGAGAGAUAAAUAAUAAAUAUAUUUUCUAAAAUACUAAGUAAAAUAGAGGAGAUGAACUACCCAAAUUCAACAUAUAAUAGUUGUAAUAGAAAGAAUUCCCUGGCAUUUAAUAGAAUCAAGCAUUUCAAAAUAAGAAUCAAUUCAUAUAAAAUCCAAAAUGA